CGUCACUGAGGGCAAGAUUGUGGAGCGUUGUGACCGCAGAUUAGUGCACGGAUAUUCACUCACUUGUGCAGUUAGCCUCACCUUCUUCCAUGGCGCCUUCUUGCGGCCUGCGGUUCUGAGCGCCCACGUGUGUCUUCUCGCAGGUCGGGAGAGGGUCAUGGAAGUGCCGCCGCUGGCGCCGCGGAGCCUCCUUUUCAGGGUACUGAGUCCUUUCCCCCGAGUCUUUGCGGCCGAAGCUGUGGCUGCCGAUUCGGAGGUUCUUGCCGAGGAUAAGAAGCUGCCUCCCUUCGUCCCCAAACCCCAUUACCCGGAAUCCGGAUGGGACCGCCUGCUGGAGCUGUUUGUCAAAGAUGAACAGCAGAGAACUUCAAAGGAGCUUGACAAUAUCUGUAGGGCAGCAGUUUCAGCAGGCAUCAUUGGCUGGGUUUAUGGGGGAAUACCAGCUUUUAUUCAUGCUAAACAACGCUACAUUGAACAGAGUCAAGCAGAGAUUUAUCAUAACCGGUUUGAUGCUGUGCAAUGUGCACAUCGUGCUGCCACACGAGGCUUCAUUCGGUAUGGCUGGCGCUGGAGUUGGAGAACUACAGUGUUUGUGACUGUAUUCAACUCAGUGCACACUGGUCUAAAUGUGUACCGAAAUGAAAAUGCCCUGAGCCAUUUUGUCAUUGCAGGAGGUAAGACGUUUUUGUUCUUGUUUACAUUGUUUAGUCUUCUCAAAUACGGUUUAGGAAAUGUGUGA